AUGAAAUUGAUCCCUACCUUCUUCCUCCGCACAAGCAUACGAAUACUGCUUUUACAAUCAUUUCUCGCCUGGCUAUGGCUACACCUGGACAAGCUCCCUUUGUCAAUUACAACCAAUCUCGCCAUAGGAAGCGCAAUUGGCAUGGUCGUCAACAUUUUGAAGAACACUCUAGAUGACAACCUUGGCUUCAUCACACCUUGGGAUACACCAUAUUUCCUGCCUAUGCUUUUGGACGAAUACAUAAUCACAACUAUGCCCGAUCUUGCCGUACUGCUAGGCGAAUCUCCAUGCUCGAAGCGUGUAGCGGGCACACAUGCUGAGACUGGUAUCUGCGAGCCUGAGUUGGCUUAUGCUUGUCUACAGCAUGCCACAGACUUCGAAGCCGGAAGGUUGAGUCUGGAGUUUGUGAGAGCUUGUAAUGAGGAUUAUGGUGUUCCUGCAGACAAAGCUCGCAAGCAUCACGAAAGAUGCCAUGCAAAGAGCGAGCAUUCCGACGUACUGGGUAUACGUGCUUGCACACGGGCAAAAGAGCAGAUUGAGAAAAACAAGGAGGUUUGCUUUUACUUGCCACCAUUGAUUGACUGCACGAUACAAUACUCAAAAUGGGAAGAUUUGGGUAUACUGCUCAGGUCCGCUGGAUAUCGUGGGGAUGAGCAUCUUGAGCAAGGAGUCUGCGAGAAAAGAGUGCUAGGAGAUACGUAUAUUGAUGAUCGGUUCAGAGGUCUGAAGGUGAAAGGCUAG